AAAAAUAAAAAAUAAAAAAAUAAAAAACAGUUGGUGUCAACAGUCACGGACAGUCUACGAGUUAAAAUUGUAUAACAAGGGUGUGUGGUCCCGGAACAAAUGUAUCAGUGACCCAGACUUUCCUUUGAAGCCUCCAUGAACAACCUGAAUGACCCUCCAAGAUGGAAUAUUCAACCAGACCCAAGAGAAAGGGGGGAGGGAGGCGCAGAUGGCAACCAGUGGAACUAUGCUCUGCUGGUGCCUAUGCUGGGACUGGCUGCAUUUCGUUGGAUCUGGACCCGGGAGUCUCAGAGAGAGAUCGAGAAGGUCAAAGCCAAGUAUAACAAGGAUGUGUUCUUGGUAAAAAGUGAGUUGGAGUCACGAUAUGAGGAGACGUUAACAGAGAGGCGCCGAGCCGUGGCUGCCUUGGAACUGGAGCUGGAGAAGGAGAGACAGAGGGUGAAAGGCUACAAGCAGGCCAUGAUCUCCCAGAGCCAUCUUCUGGUAGAAGAACGGAAACGUUUACAGCAGGAGCGUGAGUGGUUGGAGGAAGAGAAACAAAGAUAUGUCAAGUCUGGAGCUGGAAGGGCUGUGCUGCAUCAAGCCAUGGAGCAACAGAAUGAGUGGUUCCAGAGAGCCAACGGCACACUGCGAGAGCUUGAGGCUCAACUUGUGGAGCGUCAGAAUGCCUACUGUUCUCAAUUCCUCCCUCGAGACAAGCGCCUGGAGAUGGAGAGAAACAUGCUACUGAAUGCUGUCAAAGAACCUGUCACGGAUGAACUUAAUCUAGAGGCUGAUCUUAAAGAUAUUUUUAAUAGGGAUAAGCAUUGUGCAAACUUGAUGAACAUGGACAAGAGAAAGAACGGAAGUCUCAUGUGGGUGUAUCUGAAGUACUGGCAGUUGCAGGUCACUGUUCAGAAACACAAGAGAACUGAGGCGGCCAUUCGAGGGGAAGACAUUGAGCCGCAAACAAAAUGAUGACAAGAUGAGGCAAUCAUUUUCCUUUGACUUGUGGGUCACAAAUGGAAUAUGCAUGAAGUUCUGAUCUCAAAGUUUGGAAAAGACCUUUUGUCACAUUUUUAAAAAUGCUGCAAAUUAGUUCUUCCUUAAUUUAAGAUGCCCCAAAUAAGACUCAUUAGCUUAAACUAUGAGGUACAUCCACAUUGGAUACACAAUCAAAGCUUAAAAUCGAAGUAUAUUCUUUUGAAAUCUUUUGUCAGAAUGUGUGUCAUCUAUCUAACUUUCUGUGCGUACCAUGGAAUCUAAUGUUAUUUACUGGACCUUUGUUCAUCUUGGUGUGAUGAACUUGUAUAUCAACAUUUAGUUUGAUACUGCCUGAUUUAGUUAUUUUAUCUUGAAAUUGAGUGAAAUGUCCUGAUGCUUAUUCCUCUCCAGCUCAAACUCAUAAAGUUAAUCUCUGUUUAAGAGCCUGAUAAACAGCCAUUCAUAACACUUCACAUAAGGUAAUGCCUCUAAUUGAUCAAUUGAACAAAUAUCAGAAGUGGGCACAAAGAAGUGUUUGGUAAUCACGAUGGCUGAAGUAACACUUGAAUCUACAUACAAAGAAAAUGUGAAGUUGGUAUUUUCUUAUAACACUAUGACAAUUAUGUUUUAGUUCUAACAAUAUCGUGGUGAGUGCUCGAUUUUAUGUUCAGAUGCAUAGAUAUUGCACACAAUAAAGUCUUUGUGUGGGAAUUUGA